UUUCCAGGUCUUUCGGGUCUCCCGGGUCUUCCAGGUCUCCCAUGUCCGGGCCGCCCUGGCUUUCCAGGUCUUUCGGGUCUCCCGGGUCUUCCAGGUCUCCCAGGUCCGGGCCGCCCUGGCUUUCCAGGUCUUUCGGGUCUCCCGGGUCUUCCAGGUCUCCCAGGUCCGGGCCGCCCUGGCUUUCCAGGUCUUUCGGGUCUCCCGGGUCUUCCAGGUCUCCCAGGUCCGGGCCGCCCUGGCUUUCCAGGUCUCCCGGGUCUUCCAGGUCUCCCAGGUCCGGGCCGCCCUGGCUUUCCAGGUCUCCCGGGUCUUCCAGGUCUCCCAGGUCCGGGCCGCCCUGGCUUUCCAGGUCUUUCGGGUCUCCCGGGUCUUCCUGGUCUCCCAGGUCCGGGCCGCCCUGGCUUUCCAGGUCUUUCGGGUCUCCCGGGUCUUCCUGGUCUCCCAGGUCCGGGCCGCCCUGGCUUUCCAGGUCUUUCGGGUCUCCCGGGUCUUCCUGGUCUCCCAGGUCCGGGCCGCCCUGGCUUUCCAGGUCUUUCGGGUCUCCCGGGUCUUCCUGGUCUCCCAGGUCCGGGCCGCCCUGGCUUUCCAGGUCUUUCGGGUCUCCCGGGUCUUCCUGGUCUCCCAGGUCCGGGCCGCCCUGGCUUUCCAGGUCUUUCGGGUCUCCCGGGUCUUCCUGGUCUCCCAGGUCCGGGCCGCCCUGGCUUUCCAGGUCUUUCGGGUCUCCCGGGUCUUCCUGGUCUCCCAGGUCCGGGCCGCCCUGGCUUUCCAGGUCUUUCGGGUCUCCCGGGUCUUCCUGGUCUCCCAGGUCCGGGCCGCCCUGGCUUUCCAGGUCUUUCGGGUCUCCCGGGUCUUCCUGGUCUCCCAGGUCCGGGCCGCCCUGGCUUUCCAGGUCUUUCGCGUCUCCCGGGUCUUCCUGGUCUCCCAGGUCCGGGCCGCCCUGGCUUUCCAGGUCUUUCGCGUCUCCCGGGUCUUCCUGGUCUCCCAGGUCCGGGCCGCCCUGGCUUUCCAGGUCUUUCGGGUCUCCCGGGUCUUCCUGGUCUCCCAGGUCCGGGCCGCCCUGGCUUUCCAGGUCUUUCGGGUCUCCCGGGUCUUCCUGGUCUCCCAGGUCCGGGCCGCCCUGGCUUUCCAGGUCGUCCGGGCCGCCCUGGCUUUCCAGGUCUUUCGGGUCUCCCGGGUCUUCCUGGUCUCCCAGGUCCGGGCCGCCCUGGCUUGCCUUGCACGUCCGGGUCAACCGGGCCUUCACGUCCGGGUCAACCGGGCCUUCCACGUCCGGGUCAACCGGGCCUUCCACGUCCGGGUCAACCGGGCCUUCCACGUCCGGGUCAACCGGGCCUUCCACGUCCGGGUCAACCGGGCCUUCCACGUCCGGGUCAACCGGGCCUUCCACGUCCGGGUCAACCGGGCCUUCCACGUCCGGGUCAACCGGGCCUUCCACGUCCGGGUCAACCGGGCCUUCCACGUCCGGGUCAACCGGGCCUUCCACGUCCGGGUCAACCGGGCCUUCCACGUCCG